AUGAUAAUAUUAUUUACCUUCAUUACGUAUGCAUAUUCUAGAUGCGCAUUCUCUGUGGAAUGUCAAGGAAAUAACUGUGAUCCAUUAGAGGUUGAUACUGAACCCUUUAUAGCGAGAGUUUCAUAAUGUCCUCAUAUGGAUGGGAAGAUGGUUUGUUGUAACAAAAAUUAGGAUGACCAAAUGCAACGAAACUUUCAAGCCAUAGAUGCAUCUUUUGGUAAUGCUGGUGGUGGAUGUGAUAUUUGUGCCUAUAAUUUGAAGAAAUUCUGGUGUGAGUAUACUUGCAGUCCUAAUUAGAGCGAUUUCUUAAGCACAAACGGAUAUGAAAACAUGAAAGACCCACUAAAUCCCAAGAAUAUAUUGACAGUUUAGAAAGUUGAAAUUAAAGUCAAGCCUUAAGUGGCAUGUGAAAUUUGGUCAUCUUGUAAGAGAACUCAAUUCGCUUCUUAGGUAACAGCAAUGAAAACUCCAGGAGGAUUCUUUAAUUUUCAAGGAGAAUAGGCAGUUGGUUAAGCUAAAUAAUUCAUAUCAGUCAAGUUUAUUGAUAAUGACGAAGAGACAAUCAACUUUGAUUUUGUUCCUGAUUGCAAAUAUGAUUAUCCUGUUGGUCCAGAUGGGAAAAUGGUUACACCAGAUGGAUUUGUAAUAUCCGAAAAAUGCUCAUGCAAUAAUUGCGAUCUCAUGUGUCAUGAUGAAGAAAUUCUGUAUUAAGCCACUGGUGUUUUUGAAGGCUUUAAUGGAUACUUGGUAUUAUGGGUCUGGGCAGGAGCUCUUCUAAUUGCUGCAUUAAUCACAGGAUUUAGAAAAUAUAAAUAACAAGAAAAUCAUGAAAUCUUAAUAGAUCCAAUUUGAUUUAGUUCUUUGUUCAUUUUUUAUUUGUAUGAAAUAUGCUAAA